AUGAAUGAAUGCCUUCGGUUUCUCUCCUUCCGUCAGCUUCUCAGCUCUCACAACGACUUCUUCCACGUGUCCAGCUGCGUCCUUGACUUCUUUAACGAAUCGAAGCACCAGACCGAUAUGCUUCAGACCGACGGCCUGUUUUGGUGUCAAUCUUCUGAAGGACUUGUCAGAAUCGUCGGGUUUAUAGUCGGAUUUCUCGAUGAAGAUCUCACGAUCCACGGAUACGGAAUGCUUGCGUGGAUCAGAUGGAUCGGAUGGGAAGUCUGGAACAUCGGCGGUCGAUGGGAGAUUCAAAUCGUCAAAGUUCUCAAUGGUGAGCUUCAAUCCGUCGAGCACAGCCAUGGUUCUGAAAAUUGGUUCUAA